AUACAGUUUGCUAACCCACUGCUCGAAUCAUGGCCCCUGCAGCUGAUGGUCGCCUCGCUAUCCUCGCUGGCCUAGCGCCGCUCCCAUUGCUAGGGAGCGUCUUAUCUGUCGACACUCAGGAGCCUUGGUUGACUUGCACUAAAUGGGGUGCUACGUAUGGUACGGUAUGUGUACCGCAUAUCGUUAUAUCAGGGGAUUUGGUCUUCAUGCGAAUUCUAGACCAGGAAAUGGUCGUGGUCGAUUCUCAGCGCAUUGCAGAAGCCUUGUUGGAAAAGCGUUCUCGGAUUCACUCCGACCGACCAUACCUAGCCACAAUCGAGCUGUAUGGAUGGUCGAUAAGCUUUGCAUUCAUGGGUUAUGGCGAUGAAUGGCGUCUCUGCCGACGACUGUUCCACCAAACUUUCCGUUCCGAGUCUGCAGUGAAAUUUCGCCCAAUACAGAUCAGGCGAGCUCAUGAGAUGGUCGUCAACCUAGUCGAUGACCCUCAACGUUAUCAUGACCACUUCGCAACAUUCUCGUUAUCUGUUGUGAUGUCAGCUGCAUAUGACUACGAUAUCGGAGCUCGUGAUGAUCCUCUGGUGAAGAUUGUGGUAGAGGCACUGAAUCUGAGCUCGGCCCUGUUGACCCCGGAGACAGCGUUGAUGCUUAAAACCUUCCCCUUCUGUGAGUUCAACUCACUUAGAUGAGAAAGCGUUAACAUGACAGGCACCUUCGUGGAAUGUAGUAC